AUGGCUGGAACGGAAGUAAUAUCUAGUAGUGAGAAUAAUGAUCAAUUUUUCGAGGGUGUAGAAAAGUUGAUUGAGAUUUGGUUCACGCCGGUAAAACAUGCGGAUUUGAGAAAAAUCACUCGCCAACAGUGGGAGAAUGUUUUGAAGAUAGUCCGCUGUGAAAUCAUCUCGUUCACGCAGAGUGACCAAGUCGACGCCUAUGUUCUGAGCGAAAGCAGCAUGUUUGUGUCUCGCCGGCGCUGGAUACUGAAGACGUGCGGUAAGACCACACCGCUACGUUGCGUGCGCGCGGUUCUUCAGCUGGCACAGGAAACCGCGGGCCAUUCACGCGUGCAGAACGUGUUUUACUCGCGACGGGAGUUCGCGCGGCCGGCUGCACAGCUCAAACCGCACGACAACUUUGAUUCAGAGGUUGAGCUCCUGGACUCAUUCUUCGGCGAUGGCACAGCUUAUAUCAUGGGCCCGGAGAAAGACUGCUGGUACCUGUACACGCUACUGCCUCUUGAAGGCACAGUAGAUGCAUUAGAGAAGGAGCGAGAGGAAGAUGAAGACAUUGGCUACUCGGGCACGGAGCCGGACCAGACCAUCGAAAUCCUCAUGUCGGACCUCGACCCCGCUGUUAUGGACAUCUUCACCCGAGCCACGUCCGCCAAUGCUGCCGAGGCUACUAAGGCUUCUGGCAUUGACAAGCUGAUCCCGGGCAUGAUGAUCGACGAUUACCUGUUCGACCCUUGCGGAUACUCCAUGAAUGGCGUUGCUAAAGACGGCUGCUACAUGACCAUCCACAUCACCCCGGAGCCGGCGUGCUCGUACGUGUCGUUCGAGUCCAACGUGUCGGCCAGCAACUACGAGGCGCUGUUGGCACGCGUGUUGGCCGCCUUCCGCCCCAACAAGUUCCUGGUCACCGUGUUUGCCACACAGGACUCCCCGGCGUCGGACGCCUCGCGGCAGAUCAAGAAGUUCUCAUCCCAGGGCAACUACGAGCAAAAGGACGCUCAGUUCUGCCGGUUCUCCGGUUACGACCUGCACUACGCCCUGUUCGCCAAGUUCCCCAGCUGAGGACGCGCCCCGCCCCCGCCCCUGCCUGCCCGCCCCCGACCCGCACUCCGG